AUACCACUGGUAGCAACAGCUAGCCUUUCCUCAGCGUCUCUUUUUCAUCUUAUGCUCGUUGGGGUAGAACGUGUUGUAGCGAUGAAAUAUUCUUUUCAGUACGAAAGCAUAUUAAAAAAGAAGCGCUUGAUUGUUGCAACCGUGACUUGUUGGCUUGCCUCGAUAGUCCAUUUUGCUGUUAGGUUUACCGAAAAAACAGGUGAACAAAUAUCAGGUCCUGCACUUUUCAUAUUGAUUGCAACGUUCAUGAGUGUAAUUUUUUACUGCCAUAUCUCGGUUUAUUUUGUUUGUCGCAGACACUUGAAACAAAUCAAAUCUGAACAAGUUUCAGGUGAAGCCACUGCAAAGUUUUUGAGCGAAAGAAAAGCUUGGAAAACAACCACAAUUGUACUAGGUGGGUUGUUAUUGUCUUUUGUUCCUGGACUUUUGCGAGGGAUAGGAAACGAAUUUUCAUUUCCGUUACCCACUAGUGUAGCUCAUGUAACGCUUUCUUUUAUCAUGUUGAACUCGCUUUUUAAUCCUAUUAUUUAUUGCUGGAGAAGUAAAAUCAUUCGUCACGCGUUAAUGGAACUUCUAAGAAAGAACUGA